AUGGGCAGGCAGGAGGAAAUCAGGGCGAGCAGCGAUUCCUCGACCUUUGUCGACGAUGAUCGCGAGCUUGCAGCGCUUGGGUACAAGCCCAGCUUCAAGCGCGAGUUCAGUAACCUUGCAACCAUUAGUUUCGCGUUCAGUAUCAUGGGUCUCUGCUCGUCGGUGGCGACGACGUUCAAUACACCACUUCUGACAGGCGGCCCAGCUUCCGUCACCUGGUGUUGGCUAUUGGGAGCUACAAUGUGCUUUACUCUUGGCGCAUCUAUAGCAGAGAUAGUCUCUGCGUUCCCUACCUCCGGUGGCCUGUACACGGCUUCGGCAAAACUCGUCCCAGAACGCCACCGUGCAAUCGUCGGUUGGGUCGUGGGAUGGCUCAACAUCCUGGGCCAGAUCGCAGGCUUAUCAUCUACCGAAUUCGGACUGUCCAACAUGAUAUGGGCCGCCGUGGUCAUUGCGAGGGACGGAGACUACGAGAUAACGGACGGCAAGAUAGUAGGCUUGUUCAUAGGGCUAUUAUGCGUCCACGGACUUCUCAACUGCCUGGCGACACGACACCUUGCAAGGUUCACGGUAUCCUUUGUAUUCGUCAACAUCGGUGCUACAAUUCUGAUCAUCAUCGUGCUGCUCGCUACGACAUCUCUCCACGAGAUGCACUCAGCACCUUAUGUUUUCGGUUCACAGGGUGUCAUCAAUGAGACGAAUGGUUGGCCGGACGGCCUAGCCUUCUUGUUCGGUCUUCUCUCCGUACAAUGGACGAUGACUGACUACGAUGCGACCGCCCACAUCGCGGAAGAAGUGCGCCGCGCCGCGUACGCGGCACCUGCCGCAAUUUUUAUUGCAGUCAUCGGCACUGGUGUGCUUGGGUGGCUGCUGAAUAUCAUCGUCGUCGUCUGCUCAGGUGACUUCGCCGAUCUUCCGGGGCCUUCAGACUCGGCCUUCUUACAGAUCAUGACACUGCGAAUGGGCAAAGCAGGCGCUCUCUUCUUGUGGACGUUUGUAUGCCUUACGGCGUUCUUCGUCUGUCAAGCCGGUCUACAAGCUGGUUCGCGUACUGUCUAUGCGUUCUCUCGCGAUCAUGGCUUUCCUGAUCGCGGCUUCUUCGGUAAGAUAUCACCCUUCACGAAGACGCCUAUCAAUGCGAUAUGGGGAACGACGCUCCUGAGCAUACUCCCUGGACUGCUACAGUUCGCUUCGCCCGUGGCCGUAAACGCGAUAUUCGCCCUAUGCGCCAUGGCGCUAGACAUAUCCUACGUCAUCCCGAUAUUCCUUCGGCGCGUCUUCGAACACCACCCUGAGGUCAACUUCAAACCAGGACCUUUCCACCUUGGCGAUGGAUUGCUCGGUUGGGCGGUGAACGUCAACUGCAUCUGCUGGACGCUCUUCGUGUCCGUCAUCUUUUCGCUACCGACGGUACUCCCUGUCACGAGGGCGACAAUGAACUACGCGUCUGUAAUCACAGGCUCCGUCGUCAUCCUCUCGCUGAUAUGGUACUUCCUCGGCGGACGGAGACAUUACAAGGGCCCUGCAAGCGACUUGCAAGAACCCUCUAUGGAUGCCCCAUUCUCGAAUGAUAGAGAGAAGGAUAUAGGAGAGAUUACUGAGAAGGAGGUCUGA